AUGUUUGAAGAAAAUGGUCCUUCGACGCUUCCCCCAGUCCCAUCGCAGUCCCAGACCACACCGAAACUAGAAGGACUUCUCAACAAGAACAUGAGGAUCCGCAUGACAGAUGGACGGACUCUAGUUGGACUUUUCCUUUGCACAGACAGAGACUGUAAUGUCAUACUUGGUUCAGCACAGGAAUUCCUUAAGUCUACAGACACGUUUUCUCAAGGGGAACCUCGAGUCCUUGGACUGGCUAUGAUUCCAGGGCACCAUAUAGUUUCUAUUGAAGUGGAGUCGGACAGCCUGGAAAACACAUAA